AUGAAAUUAAUCGCUCUAUCUCUACUAUAUUAAUUGACAUUCAAUUUAGGAACCCCUUAGUUUGAAACUGGAUUGAAAAUCAUAAUGAUGUAUGGAAGUGGACACAUCUUAGAAACUCAAUCAACCAUUCCAAGAUAAAUAAUUGUAGAUGUGCAAUUCUCUAAUGUUUUUGAAAGUAUUCCUUGUGUCUUUAUUCAAACUUCACAUAUUGAUUGGAUUGCAGGAGAAUAGAAUGGAUUUAUUGAAAAAGUUAGUUUUAUAACAACAACAGGUAAUUUUACAUUUUCAUUACUUUUUAGGAUUCAAAAUGCAAGCUAUGGCAUUAACACCAUAAGCUCUUUAUUCAUUAUAAUUUUAUUGGUUUUCAAUUUCUGAUUCUCGGUUAUAAGUAAUCACUUACGAUACAUGGGAUGUUAAAAACCUAAAAAUAGGUUCUGGAGAAAGAACAGUAUCAUUCACGAUUGAACAUAACUUAAAGGAUGCUACUUAAGGAAUUAUAUCAUUGCUUGGAGUAAAACAUAUUCAUUCUAAUCCAAUCGUUGAGCUUAAAGUAAACUUUUCAUAAUUUUUAACAUUAGGUUGAUCUAAUAACUUCGUAGACUAUUACAGUUUCAGCAAGAACAUAUUAGCUAUCAUAAAUUGAAUUUGUUAGCUUUAAUGUUCUUCUUGGUACCGCUUAAUCAUUAUGGGCAUCUUCUAUGUAGUCAUUAAUAAAUGCUCCAAAUCAUCCAUUUGUUUCAAGAGAGUCAGGUCCAAUUGAACUUAUAAUGUCAAUUGAUCUUCCAUAAGGUUUAGAAAAUUAUUAAUUAAUUCCUAUUGCGACAUUAAGAGGCUAUAAUUUAGACAGCAGUAUCAAUUUCAGAUUGACUUUUAAAAAUGUUUAAUUGACAACAAACCUUGAAUUUACACUAAGAACAUGUAUAAAUUCAUUGUAAUUUAGGGGUGAAUUCUAUAGUUUAUGAAGUUUAUUAUCAGGGAGCAGUUUAUCUAUAUAAUUCAAAUUUCAAAAUUUUUGAUCUAAAUUGUGCGGAGUUAUUUUCAGAAUGCAAUUUCCAAGGUAAUUCCAUUGUUAUUUGUGAAAAAAUAUCUGAUUUACUAGUAAAAGGAUGGUCUAAUCCAAUAAGAUCAAUAACAGUUCCAGCAUAAAGAAAAUUAUUACUCUAUUAUAAAGCAAAUUAUGAAGGAGAUAAAAGAGAGUAAACUGAAAACUAAUAAUGCAUAGAACCUGAAAUUAUUUUAUCAGCAAAGUUCUUACCUUAAGCUUUUAUUAUCAAAAUUCUCUUUUUCAAUAUUAUUGAUACUAAUAAUUGUUAAUAUGUUAAGUUUUUCAGCGAAUGUAACUAUUAAGGGACAAUAUUUUAAAUAUCUUAAGGAGAAUAAUUAAGUUUAUCUAACAAGAUUCCUUUUGAAAUAAAGUCAAUUAAUAUUUGUCCUAAUGUUAUCGUAACAUUAAAAGCACCAAAUUACUUUGGAGGAGCAAUUAAAUAAUUUACUUCUUCACAAUCUUGUAUUAAUAGCUAUAAAGUAUAUAUUAUGUUUUAAUUAAUAGUUUCCUAAAUAUGUAGAAUUAAAAUGA